GCGACGGCAUCAUGGUGAUAUGGUGGUGAACGAAGUUGGUCGAAUCUUCUAUAUAUAUUAUUGAUAAAUAGCUCGCGUCGCGUUGAAGAGCAUUGCCGAGUACGACUUUCCGUAGAGCGUCCUCGAGGAUUACAGCCCGAUUGUGUCGUCCGAUCGCGCGUGCUUUCAACACGACAAUCGCCUCGCCAUCGUGCGCGAGGCGUUUCACGAUAUCGUGCGUGCGUGCGUGCGUGCGUGUUUCGGGUGUGCUUCUUUUGCGCGUGGAAGAAAGGAAGAAGCAGUGCUAGUCCCCGCGCUGCGGAUGGCCGCGGUGCAGCACAUACGACGUACCGUGACGACAGUUACGUGAGAAGAAGAAGAGAGCGAGUGAGAGAGAGAGAGAGAGAGAUACCGACGUGGGGAACGCAAGAGAGAGAGAGAGAGAGAGAGAAGAGAACGCGCGCGCGUCGCCUCGCAAACGGAGAUCGGCGGUGGACGAGAGCAGCCGAGCGCGAACGACGGGAUUAUCGUGUGCGUUUCUGGGUGUGACGAACGUGCAGUCCGAGAUCGGUGCUUGUAUACCGGCGACACCGUGCACGAGGUGGUGUUGCGCGCGAGAGUGGCCCGCCAGGGCCGAAGCCCAGGCAGCGUUUCCUCGCUAAAGCCUGCGGCGCUAUCCCACGAGAGCAUGCUGAGCCCAGCCACGAAGAGGAUGCGGAAGAAGAGUGGUACACGGCACAGGACAGUUUCUAUCUCGACGCGCUCGGAAAUAUUUUAAUAGCGCCACGUCGUCAACUCGGAGAGAGAGAGAGACUGCUGCGCGAAUUAUUGCACGCGGGCGCAAAGUCCGACUUUGUCGCCCUGAAACUGAAUUGCAACGACUAUACAAGAGAAAAUAACGUUGUCGUUAGCAUUGUCAUCAUCGUUGCUGAGAGACGUUUUCGUUUACGUUGUAAAAGGAUACUUUGGGAAGACGUUUAAGAAGACGUCAAGUAUGCUCCUCAAACGUGGAAACGAAGAAAUCGUUGUCAUCUUGUGAUAAACCAUGGAAAUUCAUGAUCGAUAACAUGGGAGAAACAGUGGAAACAACGUAAUUACGUGGCCGCGGAUGAUGGCAGGCCAAUGAUAAACAGUUAAUUGAAAUAAAGAGGAAACAGUUAGGACAAAGAGUCAAGUCGAACACACACACACAUACAUAGUCAACACAGGGCGACGGACGGGGCGCGUAAGGGAGGCGCAGGACAGAGCCGUAGUAAUGGAUGAAUGGGAGUGAGCGCGGCGCACGGGAAGUGCAGGAGCGGCGGACGCGCACUUUGUGGCACGUCGUGGGAGCCUCUGGAUGUGGAGGCCGCGGCACUGGCAGCGUCAGUGGCAGUGAUGGCCCCUGCUCUGACGGAAGGUGGUCCUCAAAAGCCUGAAAACUUGCUCCCUACCCUACCAGCCGCCAGCGGCUUUCUGUCCCCUGAGCAGGCCACGCAGGUGUGCCAAAACCGUGAGAUUCUGUCCAAGUUUGUGGUGCCGGCGAACGUGCAACCGUCGAAGAUCGACGAGCAGUGCUUGCAUGGUAUCUCGAAGGACCUCAUACGCGAUGUCAUUAACUCCAAGUACGCAAACAACCUCGACUCGCUAUCCGCGUUUACGAACGCGUCCGACCUGAUCGGAUCGAGGAACGGUGCGGCGUGUUGUUUGCAACAGCAGGCGGUGGCGCCGGCGGCGGCGGCGGCGGAGGCGGCGGAGGAGGAGGAGGAGGAGGAGGAGGAGGAAGAAGAAGAAGAAGAAGAAGAAGAAGAAGAAGAAGAAGAAGAAGAAGAAGAAGAGGAGGAGGACUUUGAGCGGCCGGUCACGCUGCCGGACGCCGGGAGGAAGGAGAUUAUCGACAUUAUAAUGAACGACCCAUCUAUGGGUGAUCAAACGAACAACAUGGGUUUCUUGAAAUCGAGCGUGGACUUGCCCCUGGUGGCUAAUGAGACCGAAACGGAAGACAAUAAGAAUCUGGACGUCGAUCAGAUCAUGGCCUUCGGCACCGAUAUCACGGCCGAGCAGUGCAACAUGGGGAAUGUCGCUGAUAUCGGGCACAACGUCGAGGAAAUUUUACAGGUCAUCAAUUCGAUUGAGGGUGCGGGGAGUACCGAGAACAUUUCUACGGACGGUGGUGAGCCAGUUCAAGGCGCUGUCGACAGCGUGGAAAUGUUUGCUAUGCCCGAGGAGGAGGGAUUCGCCUCCUUCGAACGGGAUUUACUUAACGACGUCGACGUAAUGAGUCUUUGUAACGAUAAUAUGAAUAUCGCAGUGGACACGGUGGACCAGCAAAAGUCCAACAAUUUGAGAUCGCAACAGGACAUUGUGGCACAGAAACAAUUCGAGAAUGAGAGGAGAUGCGCAUUUUUAAUGAGAAGACUGAGGAAACUUCAGAUGAGAAUAAUCGGCAGACACGUGGCGGAAGAGAAUACUGGCGUUCUCGAAUUGGCCCAUCACGGAGUAAAAAAAUACCUUCUACAAGAAUUGGUUCAUAUUGGUUCGAAAUCCAAUGUAAGAAACUUUCCCGAGAUUGGCGGUAGUUUACAUUCGUUUCUGCAGAAAAUUGAGAAAAUGUGUGUUGCUCAGAGUAAUAGUGUGAAUCGUCAAAGAGUGUGUCGGUACUUUGGUGGAGGGUCACGUGAUAACGUGGGUGGUGGUACAUCUGGCAGUAACGGUAAUCGUCAGCCAGUGUUUGGUACUCCUCAGGUUAAACUAAAUGGUGAAGAAGUGGAAAAUAUGGCUGGAUCUUUGUCCACGCAAUUGCAUAUUUUGGAAUCUAAUUUAGAUUCGGACUGUACAGCAUCCAGCAGUGGUGGAGAAAGUUGCGAUGAAAUGCAGACAUUUAACAAUACACAACAGCAACGUCUGUCCAUAUCGAAAAGAGCAGCAUGGAGAUAUGCACAGGAUCGUGCAGGUGUAGCAUCACGGUGGAUCUGGCUACAGGCACAGAUAUCAGAUUUAGAAUACAAAAUUAGACAGCAUAACGAUCUGCAACGGCAGGUUAGGGCCGCGAAAGGCCUGGUCGUUCUUGAAAAUGCAGAAACCGUUAAUGGAUACAGUGGCGCUCUACCAGGUUCCACUGGACGAUGCAAUUCGUCCGAGGGCGAAUUACCAGCUAGUAGGACGCGUCCAUUUGUAUGGAAUUUUUAUAGAAAGCGAAAGCUUUUACAAGUCGACAGGCUACACGAAGUUUCAAAGCGUGCAGCUAAGGCGUCAACAGUGAGAUGCAAUUGUGAUCAUGUAUUGCCUGCAUGUGCUUUAUGUACAGGAAGGCUAGAUCCAAUGCAGCCACAAGAACCAAUUGAACAGCUUUCUGUACAGGAACGUGUAGCACUUGUUGAUUCCAAUUUUCAUCCGGUGUUGUCAUUCUCUGAUGAAAUUGUACAUGGAACACAUUUAGAAGCUAUUAUGAAAUCAGUGGAAUGGCAACAGAAAAUGUUGAGAGGCAAUUUGCGAGUUACCCGAGUGAAAGAUAAAGACAGCAACGAACGAAGAAAUAAGAAACUUCCUAAUAGAACGAAGUAUACCGCGCGAUUAAAGAAAUCAUCCUCGACUAUUCUUACAGCACGGAUUAAGAGAAAAAUGUUGAAAAAUGAAAAGAGAAAUAGACUCAGUCACGAGAGAAGCGUGCCUGGAUUGAAUAAGAAAAAAGUAUCAAAGUUGCCGACUGAGGAUGACGACGACGUUAGCGCGCUUUCAAGUUCCAGCAAACACUCAUCCCCAGUGCCUUCUCCAUUGCAACACGUUACUGCCUCGACGGAGAAAAACGUUGUUAAAGAGAAAAGUUCCAAUUCACAUGGGCGUUUGCGACAAAACUCGUACGACAUCGACAAUAUAGUCAUCCCUUAUAGUGUCGCUGCUUCAACUAGACCUGAAAAGUUACAAUAUAAGGAGAUAUUAACACCAAAAUGGAGAUUGUGUGAUGAACCCACGAAAAUGGAUGUGAGGAAUGGUGUGAUGCACAGGCCUGAUCAGGAUAGUGACUUCGAAGACAUGUCGGACGAAACGAUCGCCCUGAGGCAUGAGCGUAGCGAACGUGAAGAAUACAAACGUUUCAUGACAUACCUCAACACGCCAAACCAAACGCGUAUUCGUCACAAUCGUCGCAUCGAUAGCAGAGCAGACAGCGGUGCGAACACGCCAGAUCCUAUGUCGCCGCACGCGAGCAGUGACUUUGGUGGAGACGUGACGUCUCCAAUCACAUCUCCACCUGCCACUCCGUCUCAGGUGCAGGACACAGAAUCAUCGGGUUUAGAUUCGCACCGAUCGUCUGCUUUACAAAAUUCAUUGCGACGUCGUACUAUGCCCUCUUUAAGACUUGGGAAAGAUGAUACCGCGACCGCAUUUACCGAAGAUGAUAACGAGAUAUUGCCGUAUGAACCAAGAGUAUUCCCAUUAUCUGAAGAAGCUUAUGACAAGAUGUUGGAAGUGAUGCCGGACGGACAUUGGCAAGCUCCGUCAACAUCUUUAUGCUCCCGCGAUGAAGACAAGGGCGAUGAUGAAGCUGAAAUGGAUUCUCCCGAAUCGGAUUCAACCGAAUCGGCUUGUUGUGAUAUAGACGGUGAGGAUCCCAAUGAUCCCGAAUGGACGGUAGCUGACGAUAGAGACACUGAAAAGGAGAGAAUACGUCCGACAGCUAAAAGAUAGGAUAUAAAACUUAAUCAGUACAGUAUGUCUACGUCGUUACUCUGUGUAUAUAUAUACACACACACACACACACAUACACAAGCGCGCGCGCGCGCAUACAGAUAUAGAUAUAUAUAUAUGCAGAAGCUACCUGUCAAUUGUUAUAUAUACCUAUCGGUCAUGUAACAUUGCACCUUAAGUUAAUUAUGGA